GGUUUUGAUAGCAUUGGUAUGUAUUGUGCGAACCGGCGAUCACUGCAUCGGUUGUGCCAUCACUUGACUCGCUCUCAUCGUAUGUGUUGUACGGCUUGUGUCCAGUCAUGGAAGUAGUGGACAGUCGGGUGCAGAACCAUCAGAACCAGAUGUACGGCCACUCUAUGGCCGCCAACAGCUAUAUGGAGCAGGAAGAGGAGUGGGAGCGCGAGGGCCUACUCGACCCGGCCUGGGAGAAGCAACAGAGAAAGACAUUCACGGCGUGGUGUAAUUCCCAUCUCCGCAAAGCCAACACUCAAAUCGAUAACAUUGAAGAAGACUUCAGAAAUGGUCUAAAGUUAAUGCUUCUGUUGGAAGUGAUAUCCGGGGAAACGUUAGCCAAACCGGACAGAGGAAAGAUGAGGUUCCAUAAGAUCGCUAACGUUAACAAAGCCCUCGACUUCAUUGCCAGCAAAGGAGUCAAAUUAGUUUCCAUCGGCGCCGAAGAGAUAGUCGACGGCAACACUAAAAUGACUUUAGGACUCAUUUGGACUAUAAUUCUGCGAUUCGCUAUUCAAGACAUUUCAGUCGAAGAAAUGACUGCCAAAGAAGGACUGUUGUUGUGGUGUCAGAGGAAGACAGCGCCGUAUAAGAACGUAAACGUCCAGAACUUCCACUUGAGUUGGAAGGAUGGCCUCGCGUUCUGUGCCUUAAUUCACAGACAUCGGCCCGAUUUGCUCGACUACUCGAAACUUUCUAAAGACAAUCCUUUAGAAAAUUUGAAUCUUGCUUUUGAUAUCGCAGAGAAACAUCUGAAUAUCCCCCGAAUGUUGGACGCCGAAGAUAUAAAUAACAGUCCAAUGCCUGAUGAAAGGGCUGUAAUGACUUACAUAUCCUCCUAUUACCACACAUUCUCGGGCGCCCAACAGGCGGAGACGGCUGCCAAUCGCAUCUGUAAAGUACUAAAAGUGAAUCAAGAAAAUGAGCGAUUGAUGGAAGAGUACGAACGCCUGGCCUCUGAUCUUCUGGAAUGGAUUAGACGCACGACUCCGUGGCUUAAAAAUAAGACAACAGAUAAUCAAUUAGCGACCGUUCAGAAGAAGUUGGAAGAGUUCAGAGCUUAUAGAAGAGUCCAUAAGCCUCCCAGAGUUGAACAAAAGGCCAAAUUGGAGACCAACUUCAAUACAUUGCAAACGAAACUUCGGUUAAGCAAUAGACCGGCGUAUAUCCCGACCGAAGGCAAAAUGGUUUCAGACAUCGGCAACGCCUGGAAAGGCUUAGAACACGCGGAGAAAGGCUUUGAGGAAUGGCUGUUGUCUGAAAUGAUGAGACUCGAGAGGUUAGAACAUUUGGCCCAGAAGUUCAAACAUAAAGCGGACACUCAUGAGGAAUGGACUAAAGGCAAGGAAGCGAUGCUUCAAAGCCAGGACUUCCGUAACUGCCGUCUGAAUGAAGUGAAAGCUUUAAAGAAAAAACACGAGGCGUUUGAAUCUGAUUUGGCCGCACAUCAGGACCGAGUGGAACAAAUCGCUGCCAUCGCUCAGGAGUUGAAUUCAUUGGAUUACUUUGACUCGGCUUCGGUGAACGCCCGGUGCCAACGCAUUUGUGACCAAUGGGAUCGACUCGGAAGCCUAUCCCAGAAGAGAAGCAGUGCUCUGGAAGAGGCGGAACGUGUGCUCGAGAAGAUCGAUCACUUGCACCUCGAGUUCGCCAAAAGGGCGGCGCCGUUCAACAACUGGCUCGACGGCGCUCGUGAAGACUUAGUCGAUAUGUUUAUUGUUCAUACGGUUGAAGAGAUCCAGGGAUUGGUUGAAGCGCACGAACAGUUCAAACAGACUUUAGGAGAGGCCGACAAAGAGCACUCAUCCAUUGCAUCGCUCUCUCAUGAGGUGCAGACAAUUGCCAACCAAUACCAGGUUCCCGGAGGUAUAGAGAACCCCUACACGACGCUUACGGCGCGCGAUAUCACUAAUAAGUGGACAGAAGUUAAACAAUUGGUGCCAAAGCGGGACCAAACCCUUCAAGCGGAACAACAAAGACAACUAAGAAAUGAAGGCCUGAGGCGUAAGUUUGCCGAAAAGGCUAAUGGCGUCGGGCCUUGGAUUGAACAGCAAAUGGAUUCCGUGGCCGCCAUUGGAAUGGGAAUGUCCGGCACUCUUGAGGACCAAUUGGGCAAACUUCGACAGUACGAGACAGCCGUCAAUGUGUACAGACCUCAUAUGGACGAGUUAGAGCGCACACACCAAGAGGUCCAGGAGAACAUGAUCUUUGAGAACAGAUAUACCCAUUACACUAUGGAGACUCUGCGCGUCGGUUGGGAACAGUUGAUGACUUCAAUCCACCGAAACAUUAAUGAAGUGGAGAACCAAAUCUUGACGCGAGACUCGAAGGGCAUUACAACCGAACAGUUGAAUGAAUUCCGAGUUUCGUUCAAUCAUUUCGAUAAGAACAGAGCGGGAAGACUGAACGACCAGGAGUUGCGCUCAUGUCUGGUGUCGUUGGGCUAUAGUAUACGAAACGACAAACAGGGAGACUCUGACUUCAGACGAAUCAUGAAUAUUGUGGACCCGAAUAACACGGGUUUUGUCUCAUUCGACACUUUCCUCGACUUCAUGACCAGAGAGAGCACAGACACCGAUACCGCCGAACAGAUAAUCGAUUCUUUCCGUAUUCUGGCCUCCGAUAAGCCAUUCAUAACAGCGGAUGACUUGCGUCGGGAACUGCCUCCGGAUCAGGCGGAGUAUUGCAUACAACGUAUGGCGCCAUAUAAGGGGCCGAACGCAGCGGUCGGUGCACUCGAUUACAUGUCAUUCUCGACCGCAUUGUAUGGCGAAAGCGAUCUCUGAAUGAUGUGCUGAAGACUAGUCACUCACUUGCCAUCAAAAGCUAAUUUUCAUCUAUUAUUUAAAUUAUAAAACGUUUAGAAUUUCAUAUCUUUUAAUAAUUUGAAUCAUUUAACGAAUAUAUACUAUAAAUGAAAGUAAUUGUGUCUUAACUUAAUUAAGUAAUAAUUUAUUAUAAAGAGAAUCAAUCCAUAUAUUGAUAUAAUUAAUGCAAAAUUGAGCUCAAUUUGAAAUGCGGCCCAACUUUCUAUACAUUAUAAAUAUAAUUACUAUUUGAUAGUCAUUUAAACUGAAUGUUCGUUUAGUUUGAGUGCCGUUUGGUUUGCGUCUGUAUUAUGUAUUGUGAGCUCUGUUUAGAAUAUACUCGACGACAAUGUCUUAUGAUUGGAUGCCAACCAGUCUUCCCCAACAUUUCAUUCCUAACCCUAUUGUUUCCCUAUUGUGUCCAACAAUUAUUUGUAAAAUAAAUAAAUUAAUGUUUUCUCCAAAUUUCAAACGCUUUUCAUUAUUUCAGUUUACACUCCAUUAAUGUCUCGCAAAGUAAUGCACAAAAUAUUUGUCAUUCAACUCUCAUCUCGUGUU